AUGAAUUUUAAUAAUUUUAAUAAUUUUAUUAAUUUUGAUAAUAAUAUUAAUUUUGAUAAUAAUAUCAAUUUUAAUAAUAAUAUUAAUUUUCGAGAAAACGUUGGAGUUGGAAAUGUAACUAAGCAAACUACACAACCCAUAGUAACUGGUACUUCUAUAAUUGGUUUUAAAUACCGUGAUGGAGUAAUGUUAGCUGCUGAUAAUUUGGCUUCCUAUGGAUCUCUUGCUCGUUUUAAAUCGGUUGAACGUAUUUUUCCCGUAGGUGAAUUUACUUGUAUAGCAGGAUCAGGCGACAUUUCCGAUCUUCAAUAUGUCAAACAUCUUUUUGAAUCUUUAAUGAUCAAAGAAUAUUACAUUAAUGACGGUCAUGUUCUCGCUGCCCCACAUAUUCAUGAAUAUUUACAUCAAGUUUUAUACGAUCUCAAAGGAACAACUUAUAAAUCGUCUUCUAUUGCCACAGGAUUAGGAAGGCAACUCAUGCUUCCUCUUCUUCGUAAAAGUAUUGAUGGACGUGAAGAUGAAGUUACGGAAGAAGAAGCUAUUGAAAUUGUAGAUAAUUGUAUGAGAGUUUCAUAUUAUCGAGAUGCCAGAAGUUUAAAUAAGUUCCAACGAGCAAAAAUUACUGCUAAAGGAUUUGAGAUUACUGCACCUUAUUCCGUAGAUACAGUUUGGAAUGAAUAA